CGCCCCGCUCCCGCCGGCCACGCCCCCAGCCGCGGUGACCGGGCGCGGGGUCGGGGUCGCUCCGGGGCCGCCGCCGCCGCUCCGUCUCCGGCAUCGCCACCGCUGCCAUGGCCUCCGUGCAGCAGCGCCUAGAGCGCUUCCUCCACAGCCCCGGCCCGAUCGGCGACCUGCUGGGUCAGCUGGAAGCCCGUACCGGCGUCCAACGGCUCUACCUGGCCACAGGCUCCGUGACUUUCCUGGGGCUGUACCUCAUGUUCGGCUACGGCGCUUCCCUGCUCUGCAACGUCAUCGGCUUCGCCUACCCCGCCUACGUCUCCAUCAAAGCCAUCGAGAGCAACAGCAAGGACGAUGACACCAUGUGGCUCACGUACUGGGUGGUCUACGGCGUCUUCAGCGUCGCCGAGUUCUUCUCCGACCUUUUCCUCUACUGGUUCCCCUUCUACUACGUCGGGAAGGUAAGGGCUGUGCUGGGCUCCUCCCGUGCCAUGGCUGGACAGGAGGAGCUGGGUGUGGUGGGGCUCUGGUGGUGGUGAUGCCCAAAGAGGCUC